AUGAAUCAAGAUAAAUUUGCAUUAAUAGAUGAAUGUGGAAGUAUAAUAUCUAUAACUACAACUGAAAGUGAUGUAGAUAGUACUGAUGAUGAAUCAUUUAUAGAAUCUCAAAUGUCAAUUAAUCAAUUUAUCGAAUCAACAAAUAUAAAUUCUUUUAUAACAUUACCAAAAAUUAAUAACGAAUCUACAAAUAUUAAUACCACUACCUUACCAAAUAUUACCAAUGACGAUUAUGAACAAUAUUACGAAAGUUAUUCUGAUGAAUUUAUUGAAUUUAUGACUUCAAAUCCAACUACUUAUCAUGUAAUAACUCAUUUUAAAUCAGUUUUAGAAAAUAAUGGAUUUCAUUAUAUUCAACAAACUAAACCUAUAAAGAAUGUAAAACCAGGUUUUUACUAUACGAGUAGGAAUGAUCAAUGUUUAAUUGCUUUUGUACUAGGAGGUGAAUGGAAGCCAGAAAAUGGUUCAUGUUUUGUUGGAAGUCACUCUGAUGCAUUAAGUAUUAAAUUAAACCCAAGAGGUCUGAAAAGAUCAAAUUUUGAAGGAUAUGAAUUAUUAGGGGUUGCACCUUAUUCUGGAAGUUUAAAUAAAUAUUGGCUUAAUAGAGAUUUAGGAUUAGCAGGUUCAGUAUUAAUAAAACAAAAUGGUAAAAUUAAAAGAAAAUUAAUAAAUUCUAAUACACCAAUUGCCUUCAUACCAAAAGAAUCUAAUUGGGAUAAAGAAGAUUAUAACCCUCAAACUCAAGAAGUACCUAUUUUUGCCUAUUCAAAUGAAGAAUUGAAACCAACAAAACAAGAAUUAGAAAGUAAACUUUAUAAUCGACAUCCAAUAAGUUUACUACGAUACAUUUGUGAGUUGUCGGACACUCCAAUUGAAUCAAUAAUUGAUAUAGAUUUGGAUCUUGUUGAUGUCCAACCAAGUCAUAGAGGUGGAUUGGAAAAUGAAUUCAUUUUUUCAGCUAGUUUAGAUGAUAGAUUGUGUGCAUUUGAUUCGGUGUAUGGAUUGAUAGAAUUUAGUCAAAAAUUUUUCACAGAACGGGAAAUAGAAGAUUAUAAAGGAUUAUCGGGUAUAUAUCUAGCCAAUAAUGAAGAAAUUGGAUCUUUAACAAAUACCGGAGCUCAUGGUGGAUUUUUAAUAGAUAAUUUAAAAUCAAUUGUACAAGAUAAAUGUAAACGGUCAACAAAUGAAGCAUUUGCAAAUUUUACCACCAAUACAAUAAUCUUAUCAUCUGAUGUUACUCAUGCGAUGAAUCCAAAUUUUAUUGAAGUUUAUUUAAAAAAUAAUUAUCCAUUACCUAAUGUUGGCCCAUCUAUAAAGUUUGACUCAAAUGCUCAUGUUUUGAGUGAUUCAUAUGGUAAAGAGUUUUUACAAAGAAUAGUUGAUCAUUUGCCUGGCAUAAAACUCCAGCAAUUUCAUAUAAGAAACGAUUCAAGAUCUGGUGGAACUAUUGGACCAAUUAUGUCAAACGGGAAAAGAGGUAUAAAUGGGGCCAAAGUAAUUAUAGACGUUGGUUUGCCUAUAUUGAGUAUGCAUUCAAUCAGAAGUAUGAUGGGUUAUAAAGAUGUUGGAAUAGGUGUUAGAUUUUUCAAGGAAGUAUUCUUGAGAUGGGAUGAAAUAAUAGAUGAUGUUGUAGUAUAG